GUGCAGACUGCAGAUGCUUGUACCAUACACUACGCUAGACUGUCCCUAAUUAACGCAUUAAGUUCAAUAUGCCUCCCGUUAUAGACGAGAAGCUCGUGGUGAAAGAGGAGAGAGUUCUGGUUGAGAAAUACAAUGCAGUUAAAGUGAGACAUGCGCUGGAUGAUGCGAUGAAGGCGACAUUUGCCAAGAUGGGCUGGGUAGAAGACUACACGCACGUCGAUGUAAAGCUGGCUUUGGAAGCUGUUGCCGUUGCAUUUGCAGGGGUCGGAUUGUAUAUCAGCUACUUUCACACAGGACCCCAGGUGGAUAUGGUACUGGGUGUUUGCGUCGUCAUGUAUUUCCUGCUAUCUGGAAUAUUACAGGCAUAUCAAUUUUUCGUCGUCAAAACUAUUACGAUGCAAACCAACAAAGGUUCCCAAAAGGUGAUAAUGCGGUCGUUAAUGGAGAAGUCACCGCCUCACCUUUAUACAUUUUCGAUCGAAUGGUCGGAUGGCACAAAACACCCCAAGCCAGCCAAGUCUACGGUGUCGAUUGGUAAAUUUAUUGACGUGAAUGGCUAUGUGCAUAACCAAAAAAUCGAAACUGAGGUGUCUGCCGUACUGGCUGGUUUCAAUAAAACCUAGUAGAAUGCGCUAAACUUCGGGUAUAUGGCCUGAUUGCAGGUGUUUGGUCGCGCAGAUGUAUUCCACGAUGUCCAUACCUCCUGUACAGUGAUUUCACGUGGUGUAGACAUCCUCGAGCGGCACAGCAUUCGUGCAGUGAGGCAUCACGAAAUGGAAUCGGUUGUACGUGACAGACAAUUUGAUCUUUGGCUUUAUUGCCAUUUUGCUUGAGGCGUUAUCGCACAUAGCUGCAAUCGGUAGCUUUAAGUCCUGAUGCUAACGCCUUGCAUUCCAGGUUUGAUCCAAUUAUAAUUUCUUUAUUGUGGGGGUUCAUCUCUUGCAAUGUAUCUCUCGUCAUUGAC